GGGCGGUGGUGGGAAAAGCACCUGGGGUGGCGUGCGUGGGGCUGGCACGACCCCGCCACCCUCGUGGGCCCGACCCCGGAGCCGGCGCUGGCCGGUUCCUCGCCGCACCUCCGGCCGGAGCCGGGGGCGCGCGCCGCCAGGGAGGCCGGGCUGUGCCCGUGUCGCCCGGGUGACGAGGGCCGCGCGGAGCCGCUUCUUCCCCGCGAGGCGCCGCGAGGACGCGCGUCCCCGCCUCGGCCGCCCGCGUUUCUCCUCCACGGGCCGGGGUCUGAGGGGACGCGCCUGCAAGGGCUAGGCAUAAUGGUUAUGAAAGCGGCUGUGGAUGAGGAUGAUUCAGGGUGGGAGCUAAGUGUCCCUGAAAAGAUGGAAAAAUGUAGCACCAGUUGGGUGGACAUAACCCAGGAUUUUGAAGAUGCUUGUCGAGAGCUGAAGUUGGGAGAACUGCUUCAUGAUAAGCUAUUUGGCCUUUUUGAAGCCAUGUCUGCUAUUGAAAUGAUGGAUCCCAAGAUGGAUGCUGGUAUGAUUGGAAACCAAGUAAAUCGGAAGGUUCUCAAUUUUGAACAAGCUAUCAAGGAUGGCACCAUUAAAAUUAAAGAUCUCACCUUGCCUGAAUUGAUAGGAAUAAUGGAUACCUGUUUUUGCUGUUUGAUCACGUGGUUAGAAGGCCAUUCCCUGGCACAGACAGUGUUUACGUGCCUUUACAUUCAUAAUCCAGACUUCAUAGAAGAUCCUGCCAUGAAAGCCUUUGCUCUGGGGAUCUUGAAGAUCUGUGACAUUGCAAGGGAAAAAGUAAAUAAAGCUGCUGUUUUUGAAGAGGAAGAUUUCCAGUCAAUGACAUACGGAUUUAAAAUGGCCAACAGUGUGACAGAUCUUCGAGUUACAGGAAUGCUGAAAGACGUGGAAGAUGAUAUGCAAAGGAGAGUGAAGAGUACUCGAAGUCGACAAGGAGAAGAGAGAGAUCCAGAAGUUGAACUAGAACACCAGCAGUGCUUGGCAGCAUUCAGCAGAGUGAAGUUCACACGUGUGCUGCUGACAGUGCUCAUAGCCUUUACUAAGAAAGAGACCAGUGCUGUUGCAGAGGCUCAGAAACUAAUGGUCCAAGCAGCAGACCUUCUUUCUGCCAUCCACACUUCAUUGCAUCAUGGCAUCCAGGCCCAGAAUGGCACUACCAAAGGAGACCAUCCCAUUAUGAUGGGUUUUGAGCCCCUCGUUAACCAGAGGCUACUUCCACCCACCUUCCCUCGCUAUGCAAAAAUAAUUAAAAGAGAAGAAAUGGUCAACUAUUUCUCAAGAUUAAUAGACAGAAUCAAAACAGUCUGUGAAGUGGUGACCUUACCAAAUUUACAUUGUAUUCUGGAUUUUUUCUGUGAAUUUAGUGAACAGUCACCAUGUGUUCUUUCAAGAUCUUUGUUGCAAACCACUUUCCUCGUGGAUAACAAAAAGGUCUUUGGAACUCACCUCAUGCAAGACAUGGUGAAAGACGCCCUUCGGUCCUUUGUCAGUCCUCCGGUGCUCUCCCCCAAGUGUUGCCUCUACAAUAAUCACCAGGCUAAGGACUGUAUCGACUCCUUUGUUACCCACUGUGUUCGGCCGUUUUGUAGUCUUGUUCAGAUCCAUGGCCAUAACAGGGCUCGGCAGAGAGACAAACUGGGUCACAUUCUUGAGGAGUUUGCUACCUUGCAAGAUGAGGCAGAGAAGGUCGAUGCAGCACUUCACACUAUGCUGUUGAAGCAGGAGCCCCAGAGACAGCACCUGGCGUGUUUGGGGACCUGGGUCCUCUACCAUAACCUUCGGAUUAUGAUCCAGUAUCUGCUCAGUGGCUUUGAGCUGGAGCUGUACAGCAUGCAUGAGUACUACUAUAUCUACUGGUACCUCUCUGAAUUCCUUUAUGCAUGGCUGAUGUCAACCCUGAGCCGUGCUGAUGGCUCUCAGAUGGCGGAGGAGAGGAUAAUGGAAGAGCAGCAGAAAGGCCGUAGCAGCAAAAAAACAAAGAAGAAAAAGAAAGUUCGCCCAUUGAGCCGAGAGAUCACAAUGAGCCAGGCCUAUCAGAACAUGUGUGCUGGGAUGUUCAAAACGAUGGUAGCAUUUGACAUGGAUGGCAAAGUGCGCAAGCCCAAGUUUGAGCUUGAUAGUGAGCAGGUUCGGUAUGAGCACAGGUUUGCUCCAUUCAACAGCGUGAUGACCCCACCCCCAGUGCACUACCUGCAGUUCAAGGAAAUGUCUGACCUCAAUAAAUACAGCCCUCCUCCUCAGUCUCCGGAGCUGUAUAUGGCAGCUAGUAAGCAUUUUCAACAAGCGAAGAUGAUCCUUGAAAACAUCCCCAACCCAGACCGGGAGGUCAGUAGGAUCCUCAAGGUUGCCAAGCCCAACUUUGUGGUCAUGAAGCUUUUAGCAGGAGGGCACAAAAAAGAGUCAAAGGUUCCUCCUGAAUUUGAUUUCUCUGUUCACAAGUACUUUCCUGUUGUGAAACUGGUGUGAAAGAGACUGCAGAGACGGAGUAUAUCCGUGCUAGAGACAUUCUGCCACACAGUAACGUAAAGUGGAUUUCUUGGAUGACAGCCUGUUAUAAGGAAUAUUUUCAGUUUAACACCCUUACCUGAUGGGAAUGAAAACUGCUGUUUUAAAGUGGUUUCUUAUACUCAAUGGCUGGAACUGGGCUGGAAUGCAUUGGUGAACGUUACGUGGUUUUAUUACAGACUUAAUUGUAAAACUUUUUUAAUGAGUGAGUGAAAUAGUGUUUGUAAAGUUAAUAAAUUUCUUGACAAAAAGUACACUAACUGCGGUCUGAGCAUCACCAUCCAGCAGUGCAGGUCAUCCAAGCUGGCUGUGGUGCCGUAAGCCUUGCAUCCCAGCCCUUAGGCAGAGGCAGCAGGAUCAGGCUUCACUGACCCUCAGCUGUGUACUGUGUUUGAAGCCAGCCUGGGCUACGUGAGCUCCUGUCUUAAACACCAAAUAGCCCCCAAAAACUGAUAAGUUUCGAAACAUGAGUUUAUUAAUCAUUUAGAUUCUGUUGAAAUUUGAAAUGGAUUUUGAGGAGGGACAGAUUCGCAAGGAGCUACAAUCAUACAGUUUAAGAAACCACGUCCCGCUGCAGUGUCUGCUGCUGGCGGCAGCGGGCGAGGUGUGUACACUGCUGAGCCUAGGUCUGUUUGAAUGCGGUACACGCCUUUGUCCCGGCUGAGCCCUCGAACUGUAUUGAGAUGCAGGUCCUGUUCUCAGUCCACCAGCCAGAGGCCCCAUCCCUCUGCACUGGUGUAUGUUACAUGUAAGCCUGUAGGGCUUCCCUUUUGUCCUCUGUAGGAGCAGUGGUUUUAGCACUACUCUGAAGUUUAGCCUGCUUGUGUGGGUUGGCCCAAGACCAUCGGCAGUUCAUUUGGCUUAUGGUAAGAAUGGUCUUGAGAUUUCAGUGUCCUAGUUCUAAUUUGACACUUUAUGCUGGUGCUGAGGAUGCAACCAGGGCCUCGUACAUACUAGGCAGAUGCUCUCAGGGAGCUGUGCCCCAACCCCAUGACACCUUCCUUUUUAUCAAAACAUUUCCUAGAAAUACUUGGAAACAUGCCUGAGUGAACUUGAAGUGCUAGCAAAGAUGGAGGUAAGGCUGUUGACUUCCUCGUCAGUACUGAGAUGGUCUGGCUCAAGUGUCAAGCACAGACAUUAGGCAGCCCGCAGUUUUAGAGCUCAGAGACCAGAGUAGUCUCCUCACCUAUUUUACUUGUUGA